AUGUCAGAUUUUACUCAAAGAGACAACAAGCAAACUUCUGUCCAACAGACAAAGCGACCUCGAGGACGACCCAGAAAACAUCCUGUACCGACUUCAGCACCCUCACAGGUGAACUCUCUUGGUGGCCCUUGGCAGACUCCACGUACACCCACGAUGUCUAAUGAUAUGUUGGAUGAGUACAGGAAUGAACUCCAAGAGAUGUUAGUCAAGCAUGACCAGAGUCUCCGAGACAAGGUCAAUGCUAUAGCAAGGGAAAGUGCAAAAUACUCCAACCCAGGUGAUUCCUCUAAACAAGGGCCUCAGACAACUUCCCAACAAAUUUCUGAAUUUCCAGCCCCCACGAUGAUCCAAUCAUCUCAGUGGUUUGGGUUCUUCGAAGAAAACCCUGCACUUUCUCUCAACAAUAUCAGCCAGCAAGAGACAGAGGAAGAUUGGGGACCACUGAACACGUCUCUCGUACAAGGGGGGGGAUUGGGUUUCAUUGAAGAGAUUGCAGAUCCCAGCCACACCCAAGGAGUUGACUCGACCACAAUGGAUUUUCCACCAGAUUUGGUUGACAUUUUCAACUAUAGGAUCGAUGAAAUGCCAUACGGCACUGAAGUCACCGCAAUCCUUCCGGAUGGCGAUCAGACGUUUUACGAUGGUUUGUUUUGUUCGGAUAUGGUGUAUGAGAUCCGAGGUGGAAAUGUGGUCGAACAUCCUUGUCAAUUUUCGUUUGGACAACAUGAUACCGUUUUGGUUUCUCUUGUCGAGGGAGACACGAUCUAUCAGGCACACAUGGCAUGUUGA